AUGGGCGACGGCUCUGAUUAUCCUAGCCCAAGAAGCGAAGGUGCUACGGGUCCGACUGCUGUUCUUGUCGCCGCGCAAGACCCUCUUGUCCCUGUUCAGAAGAUGGACAAUGAAUUGUCACCGAGUUUCAUGGAAGGGGCUCGUCCGCGACUGUCGGUGAGACGAGCGCGCGAUCCGCCCAAGAACGCCGUCGGACAGAUUUUCUGUGACCACGCAGAGUGCCAACCGAGCCCUCCUACAUUUAGACGUCCUUGCGAAUGGAACAAACAUAUGGACAAGCACGAUCGUCCCUAUAAAUGCAUGGAACCUGGAUGCGACAAAAUUCAAGGCUUCACAUACUCGGGGGGCCUAUUAAGACAUCAACGUGAAGUCCACAAGAAGAACGUCAACGCCAAGAAACCGCUCAUGUGCCCCUACCCUGACUGCAACCGAAGCACAGGGAACGGAUUUACGCGUCAGGAGAACUUGAAGGAGCAUCUUCGCCGGCGCCACAUGCAUACCGAGAACGGACACGCACCAGAUCUGGCGAUUGGACCAUCACCUGAUCUCGAUGGUGCCACGCCUGGGAAGCGGAAGCGAGAUUCCCUUGACAACCUCGAUCCCAACACCGAUCCUGCGAUCGCGUUCCCAGAGGAAGAAGAGAAUGGUGUGGACCUGCGAGGCGAACUCAAGCGACUACGACGCGAAGUUCAAGAGAAGGACCGCCGGUUGCAAGAGCUCGAGCGUAUCGUAGCUGGCUUGCAGCAGGUCAUCCCACCGCCGCCAACCGCUGUCAGCGUCACCCAGUGA